AUGAACCAGGAAACCUUUGAGUUGGAAUAUUCACGUAAACAGCUUCAAGCAGGAAAAUUAUGCAGCAUCGAAAAAGUGAAGUUGAAAGUGUUACCAAGGAAUAUCCUAAAAUCAGUGUUAUCAUUCUUUCCUAUACUUCAUUGGCUUCCAAGAUACAAUUGGAAAAGAGAUUUGAAUGGCGAUAUUAUCGGAGGUCUAACUGUUGGAAUUAUGCAAGUCCCACAAGGAAUGGCGUACGCAAAUUUGGCUAGUCUUCCGCCAGUUUACGGAAUGUAUACGUCGUUCUUCACUUCAACCUUUUAUGCAUUCUUUGGAACAUCGAGACACAUUUCAAUUGGUGUUUUUGCCGUGGCAAGUUUGAUGGUAGGAGCAGUGCGAUUACGUUUUGUACCUGAUCCGGAUGUGGUUUUUGAAGUGAUAAAUGGUUCCAAUAUGGAAGUCGUAAAACCAGUAGUAGGUCCAGUAAACUUUGGUUAUGAAGUUUCCCCGGUUACCCUUACAAGUGCGCUCGCUAUGGCUGUUGGACUAUUUCAACUAGUAAUGGCGAUGACGGGUCUGGCAUUCCUUACUACUUACAUGUCAGAUGCUCUUAUUUCCGGUUUCACUACGGGAUCAGCUUUUCAUGUUUUUACAGCACAACUUAACAAAAUCAUUGGUGUAAAAUUACCGCGUUAUUCUGGUUUCAGCAUGUUAUUCUUUAUGAUGCGUGAUCUGAUAUUGGCUUUGCCACAGACGAAUUAUUGGACUCUUUGUAUAUCAGUAUUGUCCAUUAUAUUUUUAUUUGUUGGCCAUGGGUAUGUAAAUCCAUGGUUUAAAAAGCGGUCAUCUGUACCAUUGCCUAUUGAGCUUAUUUUAGUUAUUUUGGUAACAAUAUUUUCGGUAUAUAUGGAUCUGAAGAGUAACUAUGGUGUAAAAGUUGUUGAUUAUAUCCCUCAAGGAAUUCCGACACCAUCACUACCGAACUUUGAUUUAAUACCAUAUCUUUUGAAUGAUGCAUUCGCGAUAGCAAUUAUUUCAUAUAUGUUUGUUGUAUCGAUGGCUAAAUUAUUCGCAAAGAAGAGGCGUUAUAAAAUUGAUCCUACACAGGAUUUAUAUGCAGUUGGCUUGAUGCAUACAUUAUCAUCUUUUUUCCCGAUCUUUCCUGCCGGUGGUUCACUUUCACGGUCAGCUGUAUGUGAGCAGUCUGGUGCUAAUACUCAGUUGAAUAUCUUGUUCUCGAAUACAUUACUCUUAACUGUUAUUGUUUUUAUUGGACCGUUUCUUGAACCUCUUCCUAUGUGCGUACUGGCUUGCAUUGUAAUUGUAAGUCUGAGAAGUCUUUUCAUGCAAUUCGGUGAAUUGUCGAAAUUAUGGCGAAUCUCAAAAUUUGAUUUCGCAGUGUGGUUGGUGAGCUGUAUAGCAACAAUAUCUUUCGAUGUAAUGACUGGCCUUAUGAUAUCAGUUCUUUUUACACUCAUCUCUGUGGUCCUUAGAGAACAGCGACCUAAUAUAUUCAUAAUGGGUAGGACGACGAUACAUCGUGAAAUCUAUAGACCUCUGAUUUAUUAUCGUGGUUUAAAGCCGGUGAAUGAAAAUAUUGAAAUUAUUCGUUUCGAAGCAGCUCUCAAUUUUAUCACAGUAUCGAGCUUUCUUAGUAAAAUGAGCGAGGUUUUGCGAAGUGACUCAAGAGAAGAUUGUGAAUUGCAAAGUAUAAAAAAUAAUGAAAUGAUAGUUUCGGAAACAGUCGCAGAACCAAAUUACGAAGAAUUGUUGCAAAAAGAAAUGGUGAUGACGAAUAAUAUUAAACGUCAAUCUUCGUAUGAAGUGGUUUCUCCAACAGUUAUUAUCAUCGAUUGUGGAGCUAUAUCAAACAUAGAUACAAUGGGUGUUGAAGCUAUCAAAGAGACUUACUUACAAGGAAGAGAUUUGAAUAAAACAGUUCUAUUCGCAAAUGUAUCAGAGGCGAUACUGGAUACAUUCGAGCGGAUUGGUUUCUACUGUUCAGUGCCCAAAGCUUCCUUUUAUCCAUCUGUGGAAGAAGCUGUUCGCACCGCUAAUGAUAAUGUAAUUUAG